GUCAGAUGGUUUGUUGUUGUUCUGUCUGGCAGGUUGAGAGGGGAAUGUGAAAGUGAGAAUUUUAACAAGGUAACCAGGAAACAGGACGACAAGGCGUCCAAUCCGAUGGAGCUUCAGCAGUCGUGACUUACACAAGCUUGUCAAGCUGAGGGUUUUUUUUUUUUGUUUUCCUUUUUUGAAGCUGUAAGCUCAAGCGAUAAAGAACCGCACGAAAUCCAGUUUUUGCAGUGGUGGUUGGAAGGUCAUUAGUGGACAGGAGAAUGAGAGAAGAGGUGUCCUGCACCAACUCCCCUGAAGGAGGACUGGGGGCCAGCGAGGAAGAGCUGGAGAGAGGAUCAAAAAAGACCCUUCAACCAGGAAAUCGAAAACGCUCCCCUUAUCCCAAAAAGGACAGCCUCAGUCAGGCAGAGGAGAGCAGCACAGGCAGCUCCAGCAGCCUGCUACCGUCUGGGCCAAAGAGGAUGAAGAAAAGCCCCACAGCGGUCGUGUCGUUGGCCCCGACGACUUUGGGCCCCAGGCCCGAGGCACCCUUCGAGGAGCUCCACUCUCAGCGCGUCAUCGCCAACGUGCGGGAGCGUCAGCGCACUCAGUCCCUGAACGACGCUUUUGCCUCUCUGCGCAAGAUCAUUCCCACACUACCUUCGGACAAGCUGAGCAAGAUCCAGAUCCUGAAACUGGCCUCACGCUACAUCGACUUCCUCUACCAGGUGCUGCAGAGCGACGAGAUGGACGCCAAGCUGGCCAGCUGCAACUACCUGGCCCAUGAAAGACUCAGCUACGCCUUCUCCGUCUGGAGGAUGGAGGGGGCCUGGGCCAUGUCUACCAGCCACUAGGACCCCACUGAACUCCUCUCGUACACCCUCUCGUGUCCACAUCUCCCCUCCCGCCCCAGCUCUGUCCGUGUCUGCACUCAUUUCCUGACCUUUAAACCUCCUUCUCCCCUCAUGGUCAUAAACCUCUGCAGUCCUUUCUCGUCUCACUCCACCUCCAUAGUUGAACACGCUUUAAGUUACUGAAAUCUCCAAAACUUAACCCCGCUCCCCUCCAAUCUUUCUACCUCUGUCUCCCUUGUCUGUCCCACAGUUUUUUCCCAGGGCUAUGAUUCGCUCCACUGCAGCCCUUCAGAAAACUGACAAAUGGAAACUUCACUACACUUGAAGAAAUUGGUUCCUGCCUUGACAAAUCUCCACUUUAAAAAACAAAAAAA